UUAUUGCUGUUGAUAGACCGUUUCUGAAGCCACGGCACACGAGGUACCGCCACCAUAUUUCGAUGGCCGCCGCCGCUGCUGCUUCUGCUUCAUCCGUCGCUUCCUCGUCUCUAGUACCAAAGAAAACCUUCUCCUUCGCUCCACUCCACGCUUCUUUGCCGGUUCCCAAGUUCCUCAAUGGAAGUGGGAGGAGACCGUCUUCCUCCUCUUCCCUGAGGAAGACUGGGUGGGGCAGUGUAUUGGUCGCUCCCAGUGGCCGGAAAGCUGUGGUUUGUUCCUCUUCAUCGUCGUCGUCGUCGCUCCCUCUUCCUGCGGCGUUGCUCUUUGAUUGUGAUGGUGUCCUCGUCGACACGGAGAAGGAUGGGCACCGCAUAUCGUUCAAUGAGACCUUUGCUGAGAGGGAAUUGGGAGUCAGUUGGGAUGUACAGCUUUAUGGCGAAUUACUCAAGAUUGGUGGUGGGAAGGAGAGAAUGACAGCAUAUUUUGACAAGACGGGCUGGCCAGUUAAAGCCCCAAAGACAGAAGAAGAAAGAAAAGAAUUUAUAGCUUCUCUUCACAAGAGAAAGACAGAAUUAUUUAUGGCUCUUAUUGAGAAGAAGCUGCUUCCACUUCGUCCUGGUGUUGAAAGGUUGAUUGAUGAGGCUCUAGCAAAAGGAGUAAAAGUUGCUGUAUGUAGUACUUCGAAUGAGAAGGCGGUUGCAGCAAUAGUUUCAUUUUUACUAGGCCCUGAUAAAGCAGAUAAGAUAACAAUAUUUGCUGGAGAUGUUGUUCCUCGCAAAAAGCCUGAUCCGGCCAUCUACUUGUUAGCAGCUGAAACUCUUGGUGUAGAUCCAUCUAGCUGUGUUGUGGUAGAAGACAGUGCCAUAGGUCUAUCAGCUGCCAAAGCUGCUGGGAUGACGUGCAUAGUAACAAAGAGCGGAUACACAGCCGAAGAGAACUUUGUGACAGCAGAUGCAGUUUUUGAUUGCAUAGGAGACCCUCCUGAAGUGCGGUUUGACUUGACUUUCUGUGCCAACCUUCUCCAGAAGCAAUAUGUCAGCUAAGAUAUGUAGCUUGACAAUUCUGCUUCCUACCUUUAUUCUCAGAUUCACAAAUAGGAGUCAGAUUUGUCAACCAUGUUAUGGUUUGUUGUCAAAAUCAAAAAAAUGAAAUUGAGUUGUCAUUAUAUCACAACCGAUGAUUCAUUUGCAACAGAUUCAAAAGAUGAACUCGCAUCAAAUGAUCUCAUGUUUGAUUGUAUAGCAAACCACAUUAUAUUAUGAGCUGUCCUGAUUUGGUUCAAUAAACCUUAAUGAAACCCUAUUGCUAA